AAAAAAGGGCUAUCCAUUCUUCAAACUCACAAACAAAAGAUCUGGACUUUCCACAGCUGCUGGCUGCUGCUGCACGGCCUCAUUCUCCACAAUCAACUAACCCAGCCAGAAAGAGAACAACCCUCUCACUUUCUCUCUCUUCUGCACUAAAAUUUUCAGCAACCAGGUUGUUGUCAGAGAAGUAGAAGUAGUAUUUCUGAACCAUAAACCCUAAUUCAAGCAAAUGUAACAAAAACCCUUCUAAAACCCCAGGCAAGCAACCAAAAAAAAAAAAAAAAGAAGAGAAAACCAUGCCUUGCUGUAUCAGAAUGAACACAAUCAUGUCUCUAAGACCCACUUCCACCAAAACAGCAAAAUCUCUCCAUUUCCAUUACAAAGCUAAAACCACCCUUAAACCCUCUUUAUAUUCUUCAUCAUCUUUUGUUUCCGUUAGAAACCACCAAACCCUAUCUUUUACUAACCAGCCAUUGCCCCGCCCUCUUCGAUUCAGGCAUCAUGGGAUUUUUUCGUUCAAGUGUUUUGGUGUUGCAGAUUUUCAUUCCAAGAAACUUGCUUUGCCAUAUACCAGGUCUAUGCAGAGCUUUAAUUAUGGCAGGUUUGCUUACCGGGAUGUUUCUAGUGAUGAAUCCGAUUAUGAAUUAGGCUCCUCCCAGAAGGAAAUGACUGGCUCGACCCUUGACAACGUUGAUGAUUGGAAAUGGAAGUUAACCAUGCUUCUUCAAAGUAAAGAUCAGCAAGAAGUUGUAUCCAGGGAGAAAAAGGACAGACGUGAUUUUGAGCAUCUAUCAGCUAUGGCAACCCGAAUGGGUUUACACAGCCGUCAAUAUUCAAGAAUUGUUGUGUUUAGUAAAGUCCCCUUGCCAAAUUACAGACAUGAUCUGGAUGAUAAGCGUCCACAGAGGGAGGUGAUCUUACCUUUUGGGUUACAAAGAGAAGUAGAUGCUCAUUUCAAAGCUUACAUUUCCAAAAAACCCACGAGCAGAGGAUUUUUUCCUCCCAAUUCCUUGUCAAGAUCAAACAGUGGUGGGAGUAUCGACACCGAUAAAAAAAUCUAUGAGCGGCCAGAACUGUCAGUACAAAAUAGUGUUGCCAUGGAGAGAAUUCUUAGUCGGAAGAGUUUGCAGCUUCGUAAUCAACAAGAAAAGUGGCAGGAAUCUCCUGAGGGCCAAAAGAUGAUUGAAUUUCGUAGAAGCCUUCCUGCAUAUAAAGAAAAGGAAGUGCUGUUAAAAGCCGUAUCUGAAAAUCAGGUUAUUGUUGUCUCUGGUGAAACUGGUUGUGGUAAAACCACACAACUUCCUCAAUACAUACUAGAAUCUGAGAUUGAAGCUGCUCGCGGAGCUGCAUGUAGUAUUAUAUGUACACAGCCUAGAAGAAUAUCGGCUAUGGCUGUUUCUGAAAGAGUUGCUGCAGAACGAGGGGAGAAACUGGGAGAAUCAGUUGGUUAUAAAGUUCGGCUCGAGGGUAUGAGAGGAAGGGACACUCGACUUCUAUUCUGUACGACUGGCAUAUUGUUGAGGAGAUUACUUCUGGACAGAAAUUUAAAAGGUGUAACUCAUGUCAUCGUUGAUGAGAUUCAUGAACGCGGAAUGAAUGAAGAUUUUCUUCUUAUUGUACUGAGAGAUCUGCUUCCUCGUCGACCGGAGUUGAGAUUGAUUUUGAUGAGUGCAACCUUAAAUGCGGAGCUUUUCUCUUCCUACUUUGGCGGUGCUCCAGCAAUUCAUAUUCAUGGUUUUACAUAUCCUGUCCGUGCACAUUUUUUAGAGAAUAUUCUCGAAAUAACCGGGUAUCGGCUGACUCCUUACAAUCAAAUCGACGAUUAUGGUCAAGAAAAGACGUGGAAAAUGCAAAAACAAGCUCAAGCUUUCAAAAAGAGGAAGAGCCAGAUUGCUUCUUCUGUUGAGGAUGCCCUUGAAGUUGCUGACUUUAAGGGGUGUAGUUCACGCACUCGGGAGUCUUUAUCUUGUUGGAAUCCUGACUCAAUUGGUUUUAACCUCAUUGAGCAUGUUCUUUGUCACAUAGUCAAGAAAGAGAGACCUGGUGCUGUGUUGGUUUUUAUGACUGGUUGGGAUGACAUUAACUCUUUAAAAGAUCAGCUACAAGCUCAUCCUAUCUUGGGUGAUCCUUGCAGAGUAUUGUUACUGGCCUGCCAUGGUUCCAUGGCCAGCUCUGAGCAGAGGUUAAUAUUUGAUAAACCCGAAGAUGGAGUGAGGAAAAUUGUCUUAGCUACGAAUAUGGCUGAGACUAGUAUUACUAUCAAUGAUGUGGUAUUUGUGGUUGAUUGUGGAAAGGCAAAGGAGACAUCGUAUGAUGCUUUAAAUAAUACUCCUUGUUUGCUUCCAUCCUGGAUCUCAAAGGCUGCUGCCCGGCAAAGAAAGGGAAGAGCUGGUCGUGUUCAACCUGGUGAAUGUUAUCAUCUUUAUCCCAGAUGUGUUUAUGAUGCAUUUGCUGACUAUCAAUUACCAGAACUUUUGAGGACACCUUUACAGUCUUUGAGUUUGCAAAUCAAAAGUCUCCAACUUGGAAGUAUAUCAGAGUUCCUAUCAAGGGCCCUGCAGCCACCAGAGCCUCUAUCGGUUCAAAAUGCUGUUGAGUAUUUGAAGUUGAUUGGGGCUUUAGAUGAGCAUGAAAAUCUGACAGUGCUAGGACGUCAUUUGUCAGUGCUUCCAGUUGAGCCUAAGCUCGGGAAAAUGCUCAUAUUGGGGACCAUUUUCAACUGCCUAGAUCCAAUAAUGACUGUCGUUGCUGGUCUCAGUGUUAGAGAUCCAUUCUUAAUACCAUUUGACAAGAAGGAUCUUGCAGAGUCUGCAAAAGCACAAUUCGCUGGUCGUGAUUGCAGUGACCAUCUUGCACUUGUCCGGGCCUAUAAUGGUUGGAAAGAUGCAGAAAGACAACAAUCUGGUCAUGAGUACUGUUGGAAGAAUUUUCUUUCUGCACAGACUCUAAAAGCCAUUGAUUCCUUAAGGAAACAAUUCUUUUAUUUGCUCAAGGAUACUGGACUGGUUGAUAAGCAGAUAGAAAAUUGCAAUUCAAGGAGCAUUGAUGAGCAUCUUAUGCGAGCAGUCAUCUGUGCUGGCCUGUUCCCUGGAUUGUGCUCUGUUGUGAACAAAGAGAAGUCGAUAACACUGAAAACAAUGGAGGAUGGCCAGGUGCUUCUGUACUCGAAUUCUGUGAAUGCUGGGGUGCCCAAAAUUCCAUACCCUUGGUUAGUUUUCAAUGAAAAAGUGAAAGUGAAUUCAGUUUUUCUCCGUGAUUCAACUGGUGUUUCUGAUUCCGUGCUGCUUUUAUUUGGAGGAAACAUUGAGAGGGGUGGACUAGAUGGGCACCUAAAAAUGUUGGGAGGAUACUUGGAAUUUUUUAUGAAACCCACAUUAGGAGAUAUGUAUUUAAGCUUAAAACGUGAGCUUGAGGAACUGAUUCAGAAUAAACUUCUAGAUCCCAAGUUGGAUAUACAGUCCCACAACGAGCUUCUGAUGGCAAUAAGAUUGCUGGUUUCAGAGGACCAAUGUGAGGGUAGAUUUGUAUUUGGUCGACAGCUGCCAGCACCCUCAAAGAAGGCAGAAAAGGCCAAAAAUGUUGCUGGUGAUGGGGGUGACAAUUCUAAGAAUGAGCUUCAAACUUUACUUGCCAGGGCAGGGCAUGAAUCACCCACUUAUAAGACAAAACAACUGAAAAACAACCAGUUCCGUUCUACUGUUUUCUUUAACGGGCUGGACUUUGCUGGGCAGCCUUGCAGCAGUAAGAAACUUGCAGAAAAGGAUGCAGCUGCUGCAGCUCUACUGUGGUUGAAGGGGGAGACGCCUUCGUAUUCCAGAAAUACUGACCACUUCUCGGUGCUUCUGAAGAAGAGCAAGACCACAAAUCAAAACAGAAUCCCAGUUCGUGGUGGUAAAUGGAAUUAGGGUGGUGAUAGAGAACCAAGUAAUAAACUAUCAAUAUCAUUUACAGCAAGGAAGAACUAAAGCAAUUUUUUGUGAACCCGCAUGUUGGAUUCAGAUACUCCAGUUUUCAAAUGGCAGCUGAAAGGAAACUCAGACUUCACUGCACCUCUUGUUUCUUAGAAAGGUGUGAGAUAUAACAUACUCCAAAGUCAGAAGGCUCCAUUUCUACCCACUUGAGUGGAAGACAAACAAUUUCUCUAUGCACUGGUCCUUAUGCUUCAGUUCAAAGAUCUCAUCGAUCCACAUAUAUUGCUGAAUGAAAGGGCCACUGUCACUUCUAUAUCUAACUACUGUCAGUAUAGUGAAUGAAUAGCAUUAUCAUUCUUACCAAAAGAAAAACAAGCGAGGAUUCAUUUGUAAAACAAAAUAUUUACACUAUUCAUCUAUCUAUUUUCCAUCAAAUUUUGGUAACUGAUAUCAUAAAUGGUAAAGGAAGGCCAACAGAAACCUUUGCCUACUUUCUAGCAUUGGAUGGUUUGGUGAACUUGCACAGCUUGGCGCAUGGAAAAGCCCUGAGAUCAAUUAGCUUGUCAGAAUUAUUGUUCAGUCUUGUAGGUAAUAUACUUCUCAUCCAUUGUUGACCAUGCCAUAUUAAUGGUUAAAAGAUAAAUGUUUUCUAUUCUUUGGUUC